GGUCUUGGACUACAACCCCGGUAAUCAUCCACGUGGUCCUUGCGAUAAAUCAUAAACGUGCACAUAGUUUGACUGGAUUUUUGAAGAAUGUGAUAAUGUUUCGUGCUAUUACUGUAUUAUUUUAGUCGAUUGUCUUUGGAUUUGAGUUGAUCUCCCUGGCGCAUGGCGCAUGGCAUUAUAUGUACACGUAGGUGAUAAUCAAUACAGUACGCGGCUAGAUUCUUUCUCUGUAUCUCUGGAAUUCCUGCUUGAGGAGUUGGUGAAAUUGUUCAUUGUUACCACCGUCCCUGGGCUGUAUCGACCUGAACAUGAGCUCCUCCCAAGACCUACUAAACGUUUCGGGCCAUACUCCGGGUGAACAAUGUGUCAUAAAGAGUUUGGAAAAGGACAGAGCAGGCCCAGUACGGAUGAAGCCGGAUUUGAAACCGUCCAAAGCGCUGAGUUCUGUAAAAGCAUUCUUGCCGCAGCUGGCCGCUGCGAACACGCAACUGAAGUCUGAAAUGGAGUCUAAGCCUGCUGAGCUGUUCGAUAUCGAGCAUGUUGAAGACGAAGCAGCCCCUGUUGUCGAGAUGAAUCUCUCCUUGUUUGAGCUCAACAAUAGCAGUGAUUCGGAUGCAGACAGCGACGACGCCGGUGACAGUGAAGAUGAAGAAUCGGCCUCUUCCGGCGACGAGAAGCAACUCAUCACGACAGUCGGUGAUGAUGAUGAUGAUGAUGAUGAUGAUGACGACGCAGGUGACGCAGAUGAUGCUAGUGGUACACAAUAGGCGCAUCAGCCACUGGCAGGUACCCCACAGUAAAAGCUGCCGUUGAGCUGCUGCAGACAUGCUGCUAGCUACUUGAUCGUAACUAACUUAGUCAUGUAUACUUGACCUGUUGAGUCUCCACUGUACUUCUUGGAAGUGUGUUACUGUUGAUUGUCCCCAGUGUUGCUCGCAACAUGCCAUGUCACUCGUCCAUACCAUACAUCCGUUACCAGGUGACCAAUGUAUAUUGAGUCAAAACCAUGAAAUACUUCAAGUAUGAAAUACCGCUAGGCCCGGUUAGUAUAUCCUCUUCCGCAGUUCCCGGCCAAUUGUUUUGCCUGCUAUCUCAUAAAAUACAUGGUGCUGUGGAAAGCGCUAGCGACUUUUCUCUUCUACUAGUUGCUAAGCGUGGAGAGCACGUUGAGCACGUUUUCUCACCAUUUCACCUGUGCUCUGACUGGUCUUCAGCUCGGGCUGUUUUGUUGCUUUGCUUGUCAUGUCUUGAUUGCCUAUCCUCCGCCUUCAGUUGUUUAGAUGAGCUGGUUUUCAUCUAAGCUAUGCGGCGGUGUACAGUUAUUGCAUCGAUGUCUCCAAAAAUUAAAACAAAAUUGAAAGUAA